UUCACGAGAAGGACUGGUGCGAAAGGCACGGUAGCUGAACGGACGUUUAAGAGCAGAGGGAAGCACGCGAGACCGGGCGAGGACGACACCAGCGCAUACUUCUCUCCGCGAGCGCUGCACCGCAUCAUAGUUCAAAUCCCCCACAUCGCAUCGCAGGGGCGUUUUAAGAAGAAAGGCAAAAUAACACAAUGGCGCGCACAGUCGUCGGCUCCGCGGUCGUGGUGCGCGAGAAGUUCUUCUGGCCGGAUGCCCAGCUCAACUUCUGGACCAUCGUCAUGCUCGCUACCGCGGGCACGAUUUUGGGCGUCUUUGCCGAGUUUCUAGUAAUUCAGAAUAGGAUGCAGCAGGCGAUUCCUUGGAUAAUACCCUACGGCAUCACCGUCGGCGCGCUGACCAUCGCCUGGAUCCUCGUCAUGCUCGUCCUCAUCGCGCAGCGCCGCCUGCUCCCGGGCGUCGUCAUGCUCUUCAGUUUCAUCCUGCUCGUGCUCUUCAUCGCGGGCAUCGUCGGGACGGCACUGAACCUCUUCGCCGGCCCGAACAUAAGCAACCAGUGCAAUACCUACGUCAACAAUGUCUCGAGUCAGCAGUAUGGGAGCAGUGUGGAGACGCUAGCGUGGCUGCAGCAGAAUAAUAUUUGCCAGUGCUGGAACGCCGCCUUCGCCUUCUGGAUCAUCGGCACCGUCUUCUUCGUCUGGAUCAUGGUCAUGGCGAGCCAGGUCAACCAGAACCAGUACGGCUAGGGGCCGCUGUGGUUCGACGUCUUAUGUCAUCUCCUUCGGCCGGUUUCGUUAAUGUAUUAUUGAUGCGAUGUAUGCGAUGUAUGCGAUGUAUGCGAUGCAGACGUAUAUGAACAUGGGCGCAUUUGCGCGGCGUUAACAGGAUGUGAUUAAGAUACCGCUAUAUGCAUGGGUGGG